AUGCUUUUUAUAGUGUUAAUUAUCGCUCUAACAACUAGAUCAUUAACGGUUGGUGGACUAAAUGAGAAUGAGAGUAGACUUAAAGGAGACUGCGAUGCAUAUUCCCCUUUAUCACAUCUCAGACUUCCUAGAGAUACUUCAGGAUUUGUAAAGCCAGAAGAACCCCCAAAAUAUUUUGGAAUUGACAUUGACGGUACGCUGCUUGCCAAGAACAAGGAAGUGUGGGAGCGGAACAUUGAGGCUUUCGCAGAAACAAGAAGGAGAGGUUACAUACCAUUUUUGUGUACAGGAAGAGCACAGGGUUCAUCGUUGAAUUUAAUCGGAGGCAAAACAGUUAUGGAAAAGAUUAGUUAUAGAGGAUAUCCCGGAGUUUACAAGAAUGGAGCAGUGAUAUUUGCUGAAGAUGGAAAGGUCCUGAGUAUGCAUAUCUUCCCAAAAGAGUUUUUAAAGAUUCUGUAUAACUUCCUGGUAGCAAAUGAACUAAUCGCAAACAUUCUAUUUUAUGAUGAAGAAGAACUAUUUUCUUUAGUUGAGGAUAAUAAAGUUUUGAAAAAGAUGACUUCUGGAAAGUCUACAAUCCCCAAAAUUUUUAAAUUCGAAGAUAUGCUAAAGAAAAAUAUACUAAUGUUAAAGUAUCAAGGUUUUGAGCUAAAUGUUCCGGAGUUCAAGGAGGGUAUCGAUUACAUUGAGAAGGUUGAUGUAAAUGGAACUCACGAUUUGAGCCCUUCAGGUGUAACAAAGGCUUCUGGCAUACAAGAACUCAUGGAGCACUAUGGCCUCUCUACCAAAGAUUGUGGAUUUAUUGGAGAUGGAUAUAAUGAUGUUGAGGCCAUGGAACUUUGUGAAUAUUCCUUUGCGGUAGCAAAUGCACCCGAUGAAGUUAAGAGGCAUGCAAAGUUUGUGCUAGACAAGACAUGUGACCAAGCAGCAGUUGCAGAAGCUCUAGAACUCAUGUACGGACCAUUUACCGUAACUAGUGACUUGGCCAAUGUGCAUCAAAUGGUUCAACUGUAG